AAGCGACGCCCGAUCCCUUCCCCUACCUUUUUUUUUUUCCUCCCCAAACCCAACCCCCUUCGCCGGACCGAGAAUUGGGUAUUUGUGCUUUGGUGUGAAUUGGGGUUGGCGUGAGAUGCAGAGCACUUGCAAGACCAGGAACUUUGCUUUCCCCCCCACAAAAAAAGGGGGAUACGAUUGACGCAGGUGAUGGAACAAUGAAGGACCCGAAAGGAAAGACUCUUCAGGAGGAGGAAGAAGAGGAAGAGGAGGAGGAGGACUUUGGGCCCCAAGUCGAACUGCACUUCACCAUCUUGGAAGAAUCCGAAGGCGGCAUUUCUCAGGGGAAGCUCUGGCACUGUGAGAUCGAUGCUGAGCUGCAGCCCGCUGACUCCUGCCAGCCGGAGCUCGACGAUGACUCUGUUUACUCUGACCAGUCGCGCUCCCCAUCCCCAGAACUCCAGGAGGUCCUCCCGCACCCUGACCGGGGAGCCAGAGAGAGGCGGGCAGAGGCUUACCCUCCGCAAGGCCCCGAGCAGCAGGUGGAGCUUCAUUUCACCAUCCUGGAGGAGUCGGAAGGGGGCAUAUCUGAGGGGAAGCUCUGCGCCAGCGAGGUUAGGCCGGACGAGCCCCUGCAGGCCGGCUACCCCGAGCGCCCGUGGGAUGGGCCCGUCCCCUGGAGCAGGAAGCUCAGCCCGCCGUCUGCGGCGGCAAAGCCUUUGUUCCUCCCGGCUGAAGGCCGGCCGGAAAGAGAAACCAAAGGCGAGGCCCCCGCGCAGGAGGCCUCCGACCAGCAGGUGGAGCUGCACUUCAGCAUCUUCGACGACCCCGAGGAAGCCAGCCUCUCCCAGGGCCCUGAGGAUUACCCAAUGUGGGAGAGCCCGUUCAAGCCGGCCAUGUACCCGGGGAACUACCCCAAGGAGGACUGGGAUAUGUCCAUCGACAGCCUGGGGGACGCCUUUGAGGCGUCCUUCCAGCAGCAGUUCUACCCUGGGGGGCGGGCGUACCCAUGCACCGAGUGCGGGCGGGUGUUCAACCGGAAGUCGACGCUGACGCGCCAUUGGCGGACCCACACGGGGGAGAAGCCCUACUCGUGCCUCGACUGCGGGCGCAGCUUCAGCCUCAACCUGAACCUCCUCACCCACCAGAUGACCCACACGGGGGAGAAGCCCUACAAGUGCCCAGACUGCGGGCAGAGCUUCACCCGCAGUACCAGCGUCACCCGCCACCAGCGGAGCCACCGGGAGGAGGAUGGCCCCUACAAUGGCGACCUGUGGGAGGAGGCUUUCCCCUACAUGUUCCCGGGCCCGUUCCCCUACCCCAUGCCCCCCAUGGUGGAGGAGCGGCCCUACCUGUGCCCCGACUGCGGCGAGGCCUUCGCGCACAGCGGCAGCCUCAACCGCCACCUGCGCAUGCACCGGGGCGAGCGGCCGUACCGGUGCGUCAUGUGCGGCGAGGGCUUCUGCUCCAUGUCGAAGCUCUGCCGCCACGAGAGGAUCCACAUGGUGGAGAAGCCCUACCACUGCGAGAUCUGCGGGAAGAGCUUCGCCGUCAAGUCCACGCUGACCCGGCACCAGAUGCUGCACCAGGCCGAGAGGCCCUACAUGUGCCCCCACUGCGACAAGGGCUACGUCCAGCGGAGCCACCUGGCCAGGCACCACCACAAGGCGCACCCCGGGGUGCCCUUCAACCCCGUCAAAGCGAACAGUAUGCCCGCCACCAUCUUGGAUUCUGACAACCUCAUCACCUAUUUCUGGGGCGACGAGGAAACGGACGGUCCGGCCGAGCCUUUCCCGACUCAGCUGAUCUACUCGGGAGCAGACUCCUGAGAGCUAAGCCGCGCCUGAAGCUACGGGUGAAUCUUCCAUCCGCCACCCUUCACCCGGGAGAGAAGCACUUUGGACAUGCCGGUCUCUUCCACUCGGUCUUUUUUUUGGGUGCUCAGUCUUUUUCCUGGGGAUCCUUUGGAUCUUAGGAGCUUGAGGAUUCAGCCUCCCAGAGUUGAUUCCCAGCGCGGGGUUUUGUUACGGACUCGGUGCUAAGAUUUCUUUCUCGCCUUGCUGCUUUUUUGACUUGGAGUCCGGAUGCCAGCGUGGUGCCUAUGGAGCCUAUGCUCCGACCCACGGUCUCCCCGCCGUUGGCGCCGGCAUCAAAAGUUCUCCUGCCUGUUGCGGCAGCUGGACCCCAUCACUGCAGCGGGCGAUGGACAGACUGGGUUCACACGGACCGCUUAUUGCGCUGCUUAACAGAUCGGAAGCAAAAGCGGCCCCCACGUUGGAGGGGGAAAGGGGGAGCAGCCUGCCCUGUAGCAAAAUGUCUAGUGUUAGGGGAGGUGGACAGCAACGUGGGAGUUCGCCUGAGUUUGUUUUUCAUUUGUAGUAGGUGGGGGUUAUUAUUUUUCCUGAAAAGAAAACUAUGCCUUGUUUUAUCUCCUUAAGUUUCUAGUGAGAACGCUUGAAUAAAUUAGUAAAAUAUGGAAAUGGAGAGAACAAAAAACAAUCCCCAGAGCCAAAUUUCAUGUG